GUGAUUCCUUAUGUCACAACAAUUUUUGGUGGCCUGCGAGCAGGCAAGAUGGUCAUGCUCCAGGGAGCGGUCCCUCUAAAUGCACGCAGGUUCAUGGUGGACUUCCAGUGCGGCUGCAGCCUGCACCCCCGGCCAGACAUUGCCAUCCACUUCAACCCUCGCUUCCACACCACCAAACCCCACGUCAUCUGCAACACCCUGUACCGUGGGCGCUGGCAAGCCGAGGCCCGGUGGCCCCACGUGGCCCUGCAGAGAGGGACCAGCUUCCUCAUCCUCUUCCUCUUUGGAAAUGAGGAGAUGAAGGUGAGUGUAAAUGGACAGCACUUCCUCCACUACCGCUACCGGCUCCCACUGUCUCGGGUAGACACCCUGGGCAUAUUUGGCGACAUCUUGGUGACGGCCGUUGGAUUCCUGAAUGCCAAUCCAUUCGCAGAGGGUGGCAGCGAGUAUCCGGUUGGACACCCUUUCCUGCUGAGGAGCCCAGGGCUGGAGGCGCCCUGCUCGCAUGCCCUUCCCCAGGGUCUCUGGCCUGGACAGGUCAUCAUCGUGCGGGGCCUGGUCUUACCGGAGCCAAAGGAUUUCACGCUCAGUCUGCGAGACGAGGCUGCCCAUGUUCCCGUGACGCUCAGGGCGUCCUUUGCAGACAGAACUCUGGCCUGGGUCUCCCGCUGGGGCCGGAAGAAGCUGAUCUUGGCCCCCUUCCUCUUCUACCCCCAGCGAUUCUUCGAGGUGCUGCUCCUGUGCCAGGAGGGAGGCCUGAAGCUGGCACUCAACGGGCAGGGCGUGGGGGCCACCAGCCUGGGCCAGCAGGUCCUGGAGCAGCUACGGGAGCUGCGGAUCAGUGGUAGUGUCCAGCUCUACUGUGUCCACUACUGA